AUGCCGCAAGAGCUGCAACACUUCCUCCUCCACGCGAGAAAGCGGGGGGAUCGGCACUACCGCAUCGGGCAGGUUUCCUUCAGCAAUGGUCAGUACCCCGAGUUCCAGAACCUGUGGCAGCUCUUUCAGUACCACGACCGGGAGGAGUCUGGACACUUGGACAAGGAGGAAUUUCUCCAAGCGCUGGAAAGCUGCCACAGGCUACUGAAGUCUGACCUGCCCAUGGAAGCUCAGGAGGCCUGGUCACAGGCCGGUGGUCCCUGCACCGGCUUCGUCAACUUCAGCCAGUUCGCCCACCUUGCCGAGACCCUUGGCCUGGCUCUGCCGGUGGGCUUGGAGCUGGAUGGGGCCACGCGGCCCUGCAGGUUCCGAGUUCGCCUGAAGAACAAUGGCGACUUUGGGCAAGAGGAGUACACAUGCAGCUGCCCCUGCUUCCAGGCCGAGCGUGCGGGCGGAGGCGUCCUUUGCCAGUGUGGCCACAAGCUGAGCAUGCAUCGAUCAGACUUUGCCGAGGACACCUACGCCAAUAUCGACUCGCACCUCCGGGCACCCUCGCCACAGAGGGGCAUCUGGAUGCCUGGAGAGGAGGGCCUUGUGGCGGUUACAGACCAGGACCUACUGCGGAAGCUCCAGGACCUGAUGAACGACAGCCACAAGAGCCACGACAAUUGGACGCGAGACAGGGGCUGCAGGCUCCACGGGGUGAACGGCUGCUCGUGGGCCUGCGCUGCGAAGAAUCGGAACCCGGGUAGUGCUGGGGAGGGCUCAAGGCUGUUCGGGCCCCCUGGGCCCUGGAGAGUCGGACUUUGUCUUGCUUUCGUUAACGAGCUUCCACUUCCAAGCGCAGUGAAGUUAGCAGUGGACUUACACGCAGCACGCCAUGGCGCAUCCGAAGCCUUCUGCCGCCAGGUGCCAAGCGGCUUCACCCUGCAGGCGGCCUACAGGAGCUGA